CGCAUGCGCGGCCGUGAGGGCGGUGCUUCCGGCCGGCGGAGGUGGGGACUGCGGCGCUGGGGGUGGGCGGAUCCUGGGUGGCGACCCCGACCCCUGCCCGGCUCGGAGACUUCGCCCCCCCGACCCGCGACCCCCACCAGGGCCGUGGCCCCCACCCCGGCCCACGCGUAUGGCCCGGCACGUGUUCCUGACGGGGCCCCCAGGGGUUGGAAAGACAACACUGAUCCAGAAAGCCAGUGAAGUUUUAAAGUCCUCUGGUGUGCCUGUCGACGGGUUUUAUACAGAAGAAGUCAGACAGGGAGGAAGAAGGAUAGGGUUCGAUGUUGUCACGUUGGCCGGCAUCCGGGGACCUUUAUCCAGGAUUGGGUCAGAGCCUCCAUCUGGAAAGCGUGAGUGCCGCGUUGGGCAGUAUGUGGUGAAUCUGACUUCCUUCGAGCAGCUGGCGCUCCCGGUCUUGAGGAAUGCAGGUCCCAGCGGUGGCCCGGGGCCGAGCGUGUGUGUCAUCGACGAGGUGGGGAAGAUGGAGCUCUUCAGUCAGCCGUUCAUCCAGGCCGUUCGCCAGGUGCUGUCCACCCCAGGGACUGUUGUCCUUGGCACCAUCCCCAUACCCAAAGGAAAACCGCUGGCUCUCGUGGAAGAAAUAAGAACCCGAAACGACGUCAAGGUGUUCAGUGUCACCAAGGAAAACAGAAACCACCUGCUGCCAGAGAUUGUGACGUGUGUGCAGAGAGGCCGGAAAUGAAGACGGUCUGUCCCUGCUUUUCUGCAGGUGAAGACAUUUCUUCGAGGAGAGCCCAAAUGCCCUGCUUGUCACGGGUUUUUGCCUUCGUGUUUAUGAAACCUUGGAGGCUUUUCCAAAGAAAGCCUGACAGCUGUUUCCCAUAAAAUGUUUAAAAGAUCAAAUUAGCCUUAAUGCUGGAUCGACUCUACAAGAUUCACCAUCCUCUGUGGCUUAUUUAUGCUGAGAGAUUUCUGUUUAUUUCCUCUUGCAGUGGUGCGUAUGAUUUGGGUAAAUUAUGAAAUGAGAAAUGGUUUUUGGCAUAUUAGAUGGAAUUUGCCCCCAUUGAAGUUUAUAAAUGUGUUCAGAGAAGGGGGAGAAGAGUUCACUGCCUAAUCAGUUUGGCAAGUCAGGAAAAAUUAACUCCUGCUCCAGGAGCAGCUGCAGUCUCCUGCAACUUAGCGUGAUAACAGUUAUUUGAUUUAAAAAAAUCGGUAUUCCAAAAAAAGCCAUUUUCGGUCCCCCCAUCUCUUACUGUGUAUCUGUUUGCUUAUUGCUUAAUACAAUAAAGAUGAAUGUCAUGGUUGCA